UCCUGUCCAGUUUUCGUGAAACGUCACUUCCGUCACUACAUUGAGUCUGGGUACCCUGCGUGAAGGUACUUCCGGCCAAAGCAGGAAGGGGCUGGGACUGAAGCGGCGCAGCAGCGAGGGAGUCCCAAGCGGCAUGGCCCUGAACGCGACAGGCAACGAUGAUGGGAACUGGGAGCCACCUUCAGAGGCAGAGCUGAAGGUGAUCCAGGCACGGAGAGAGCGACAGGAUAAGAUCAGCAGGGUGAUGGGCGACUACCUGCUCAAGGGAUACCGCAUGCUGGGGGAGUGCUGCGAAGAGUGUGGGACCAUCUUGCUCCAAGACAAGCAGAGGAAACUUUACUGUGUGGCCUGCCAGGAGCUCAACUCUGACAUCGAUAAGGACAACCCAGCACUGAAUGCCCAGGCUGCACUAUCCCAGGUCCGUGAGCACCAGCUGGCCUCCACUGCAGAGGAGGCCACGCCCCUUGGGUACCUCCCAGCCACUCACCAGCAGCUCCAUGUGCCACGACCAGAACAUUGUGAGGGGGCAGCUUCAGGACUCCGAACUGCCGCCACUGCAGCUGCCAUACCACAGGCCCAGCCUGCCCCAAAGCCUGCCCUGCCUGCCAGCCCCCUGGCUGCAGCGGAGGAUGCCAUCCUCCGGAAGCUCGUCUGGGCCACCCAGGAGCUCCAGCACAGCAUCUCCAUCGAGCUCAGCCUCCAGCUGUGUAGCCUCAUCCGCUCCUGUGCUGAGUCCUUGAAAUGCCUCAAGGAGCUGACCCCACAGUGAGUUGUGGAGGCCUCCUCAAUGCAGUGACCAGGUCCCGGAAUGCUGACUACACCUGGCACAGCCAUGCCGGGGGUGGAGGGGAAGGAGGAUGCUCCCCCUCCUCCGAGACUCUGUUUCGCCAGCCCCCUUCGGCUGGACAAAGAUCCGGUUCUUUGUCUGUAGAUUCUGAUUAAAAACUCCAAAAUCCUG